AUUUAAUAACAAGCACAUUAUUACUUAUAACUGAAGUUUUAAAAACUAUUGAAUUUAAUCAAUGUUUCUAUUCGCAUAUUCAAUUAUUAAUAUCUGAAUAACUCUCGGUCAGUUUUAUCUAGGUAUAUAAUUUUUUUGUGGUUUUUUUAUAUAGAAUACCAUUUAAUUAAAUUAAAACCAUUUUUUUUAACCUACUUGACUUAUAUCUCACGCGAAUAUAUUAACAAUAAUUACAAUAAGACAUUUGAACGAAGACUAUACAUUUUUUAUAAGUAUAAAUAAUUAUUACAAUCAGUAAAAUAGUUAAUUCAGUUGCAACUAUAUCAUGAAUGUUUAACUCAAACGACUAAAAAAAAUAGAAAUGUUGACGAAAUUGCUAAACUGUUAUUCAUUAUAUAUUGCUGAUUAUCCAAGUAUAAUAUCAGAUGUAUUAAAGGAGAAACCGAUUUCUACAACAUUGCUACCAAUAAUAACUAUUAUUUUUAUUUACUACAUUUAUACUUACGUGCGAAAAUUCUAUCCUAUCACUGUUAACUGUUGGUUUUGUAAUUCCAACUUCAGUGUUCCUUAUGAAAACAAAUCAGAGUUUACUUGCUCACAAUGUGGACAGUUCAAUGGAUUUAAAGAUGAUGGAAGCUAUAGUAAAGAAAUUCUUGAACAACAUGAUGAAAUACUCAAUAAUGACCAUUUUGUUGUCUCUCAAAAUAAUACAAAAGAAAACAAAAACGGACUAUGCAAUAGAUGUAAUAUUAUUCAAGAAAUAAAAAUCAAGCAGCUGGCAUCUUUUACACCUUCUAAAGAAAAAUACUUUGACAAAGAAAUAGACGCAUUUAAGAAUAAUCUAGAAAAAACUUUAAAAUUGUGUCAUAAAUGUGACUUAUACACCAAAAAAAUUCUUUUUAUACAACAACAACGUUAUAGUUUAAAACAAAUUUCAAAUAGAUUUCAAACAUUGACAUAUAAUUCAUUGAAAUGGCCACUUAUAAGUUCAAUAUGUCUCUCUAUUUUAAAUGUAUUAUUUAUAUUUCACAUUGAAAAUGAUCUAGGUACUAAAUUUUUCAAAUAUUUAAGUUUGACUUUUCUAAAUAACAAUAUUAUAACUACUGAUCAAUUGAUAAUAAUUACAUGCAUAUUUGGUUCUACAUUACUUAUAUAUCAAAAUUUCAUGGAAUUGGAAAUAUUAAAUUUAAUAACUAUGUUUUGUUGGUUCUUAUUAACAAUAGUUAAUAUUUUUCAUAUUUUUGAAGAUUAUGCUAUUAAACUUGUACUUAUAACUUUUGAUAUAUUAAUACCUACUUAUACUUUAAUGAUAUCUUUUACGACAAAAAGAAAUGAUUCUACCAACAUUAAAAUUAUUGAUCAAAACUGUUCAUCAUCUCCAUUUGAUACAAGUGAAAAUGAAUCCCUUAAAAAUUGUGAUACCUCAGAAAUGAUGGAAGUAGAUUAUGAUACUCCUACUAAAAAAGGAUUAGAAAAUAAGCAAGUUAAUAAUUUAUUCCGUAGUAUGAAACUCAAUGAUUACAACAGCCAAAAAAGUUUUAUUAAACCACCAAAACUAUUUGCUUCAAAUAAUCGAAACAAACUUUCUGAAUAUACUUUCCCUUCAUCUGGAUUUUAUCCAACUUACUCUACAAAAAGUGAUUAUGAAUUUGACACUAGAAGCUUAUAUUCUCAACACAGUUGUCAUUCCAUAUGCUCGCCUUAUUACCAUCAGGCUGUUACACCUUAUCAUUACUAUCCCUCUCCACAGCAAAGUCCCUUAAAUUUAUCACAAUCUUCUAAUAUUUCCAAUGUACAAUAUGGAUCUGAAUGGCUCAAAAUGAUUAUGUACUCUAUUCCCGGUGUCAUAUUACUUAUAUUACAUUGUUAUUUACUAUAUGACUUAAAAGACUUAAUAAAACAAAAGUGAGACUAUUUUUAAAUUUGUAAAUAUUCUAUGUAAUGAAAAUUAUUUUUAUUUAUUUAAUUAAAAUUAUUAGAAUUUGUAAUUGUAUUGGUUAUAAUUUAUAACUGUAAUAAUAGAUUUACUUUGUAUUUAGAACUUUGUGUAGUUUAUGCUCUUAUUUAAUAAAAUUUGUGAUUGUAAAUAGUAUUGUAAAACAUAAUUAAUUUAACUUUUAUAGUUUAUAUGCGAAAUAUUAUGUUUUAAAUGUUAAUUGAGAUAAUUAAGCAUUAUGAUUUAAUAUGAUAACA